CGCUCAGCCAAAAUUUCUAGUGUCAUUAUUCACGCUAGCUUUAACAUAGCGCGCGUCCAUUUCAUCUCGCCGCACAAAAGCUAUUGACGACUGCGGCAAGCGGCAGAGCUCCUCACAUCUCCUCAUCGCUCGGCACGACGCCUGAGCACUCCCUGGACUGGCGCCUCAGCUCCGGCAGCACGCCUGAGCACGAUCCCUGGACUGGCCCUCGGCACGCAGUCGACGCGGCACGCAGUCGACGCGCCCUCACGCCAUCGACGCUACAUAAAACAAGCGGCGCGCGCACCCCAGCAUGGCCACCCUCGUCACGCCCGGCGGUGAGGACGCGCCCGCGCGCCUCCCGCCCAAAAAGCGCGAGCCCGACGCGCACCUCGUGACCGUAAGGCAAAAAUGCCUCGCGCGGAUCCGAGCAGAUAGAGAAGCGAAGCAUCGAGCCAAACGGACGCAGACGCCGCACAACCGCGCGCAAGCGUUGUUGGACGACGUCCUUGGGCGGCGGAAGCGGGUCCGCGAUGAGGAUUACGGCGGUGACGAGUUCACGAAGAAACUGCGGGAAGCGGUACCACCUGAACUAGACCCCUACGAACCGGACUUCCACCUCACGCCGGAGGACGAGGCCGCGCUCAUGGAGGAAUUAGAAAGGGAGAUCCGCGCAUGGGAUAAAGAGAUCGAAGCCGAGGAGGCGAUCGAAGCAUGAACCUGUGUGGAAAUCAACCAGUGAGUUAGGUUAUCCUGAGAAAUAUUGGGUGGACCUUCGUGAGCCUCCACGCCAUCGCGCAGACGCAGACGCAGCUACGGAAUCAAGCGCGUCGAUGGCGUGGGGCAAGGGAAAUAUGAUUUCCACGCAGGCAUUAACGGCGGAGGCCGCGGGCUUAGCGUUCGAAGCGGAGGAGCUGCGGGACGCCUUCGAGGGCCCCACAGUACCAUGCCCUUGUUGUGAGGGAGGGCGGCUGGGGCGGCGCGGCGCGGAUCUGGCGAUCGCGUGCGACAAGUGUGAUUUGGCAUUGCCGGACCAGCGCGACGGCCUGAGCCUGGACGACGUGUCUGCUUCCUUAGCUGCGACGUUCAGAGCGCACACGCAGGCCGGGUGCCCGCGCUCCCCCGUCUUUCGCGUGGACGACCGGACGGGCUACCCGCUCCUUUGUGCGACCUGCGAUGCGUGCGGGUACUUCGACCUCGUGUGCUGAGUAAAUAUAUGG